AUGAUCAUUGAGUCAAAGAAAAAUCUAUGCUGGAAGAGCUCUCUAAGGGUGAUAUAAUCCAACCUCCUGCUCGGAGCAGAGAGCACUGGAGUUAGAUCAGGAAACACUCCUUUACAUCUUGCUGUGAUGUUGGGACAUAAAGAAUGUGCCCACUUGCUUUUAGCCCAUAAUGCUCCAGUAAAGGUGAAAAAUGCUCAGGGAUGGAGCCCUCUUGCAGAAGCCAUCAGCUAUGGAGACAGACAAAUGAUUACAGCACUCCUAAGGAAGCUUAAACAGCAGUCCAGGGAAAGUGUUGAAGAAAAGCGACCUCGAUUGUUAAAAGCCCUGAAAGAGCUAGGUGACUUCUAUCUAGAGCUUCACUGGGAUUUUCAAAGUUGGGUGCCUUUACUUUCCCGAAUUCUGCCUUCUGAUGCAUGUAAAAUACACAAACAAGGUAUAAAUAUCAGGCUGGACACAACUCUCAUAGACUUUACCGACAUGAAGUGCCAACGAGGGGAUUUAAGCUUCAUUUUUAACGGUGAUGCUGCACCCUCUGAAUCUUUUGUAGUUUUAGACAAUGAACAAAAAGUUUACCAGCGAAUACAUCAUGAGGAAUCUGAGAUGGAAACAGAAGAAGAGGUUGACAUUUUGAUGAGCAGUGAUAUUUACUCAGCAACAUUAUCAACCAAAUCAAUUACCUUCACGCGUGCCCAAACGGGAUGGCUAUUUCGAGAAGACAAAACAGAAAGAGUAGGAAACUUCUUGGCAGAUUUCUACUUGGUUAAUGGACUUGUAUUAGAAUCAAGGAAAAGACGAGAACAUCUCAGUGAGGAGGAUAUUCUUCGAAAUAAAGCUAUCAUGGAGAGCCUGAGUAAAGGUGGCAACUUAAUGGAACAAAAUUUUGAGCCUGUCAGACGGCAGUCUCUUACUCCACCAUCACCCAACACAAUUACGUGGGAAGAGUACAUAUCUGCUGAAAACGGAAAAGCUCCUCACCUGGGUAGAGAGCUGGUCUGCAAAGAAAGCAAGAAAACCUUUAAAGCCACGAUAGCUAUGAGCCAGGAAUUUCCCUUAGGAAUCGAAUCAUUGUUGAAUGUUUUGGAAGUAAUUGCACCCUUCAAGCACUUUAACAAACUUAGAGAAUUUGUUCAAAUGAAGCUUCCGCCAGGCUUUCCUGUAAAAUUAGAUAUUCCUGUAUUUCCCACCAUCACAGCCACUGUGACUUUUCAGGAGUUCCGUUACGAUGAAUUUGAUGAAUCCAUCUUCACUAUUCCUGAUGACUACAAGGAGGACCCCAGCCGUUUUCCUGAUCUCUAACUAAACUGGAAGGCUAGUGGUGAAUGACAACACCAGCGUACCACAGUGGAAGCAAGUGGAUGCAAAUAGCCCACAGACAGAGAUACAAAAGUGGGUCGUAAAGAAAGGGAUAGACUUAAUAAUCCAGAAGAAAAGGGAACGUGCAUCAAAUGAUGUACUGCUACUCACUACAAUGGGCAUCUAAUCUAGUUCCUGAUUUCCAGCAAGUCUCCUGAUGUGUCGUUCACUCUUUUAUACAUCCAGUACUGCAAGCGUGGUAGUCUGACGCCUCGAUGACCCCGAGAGUACUUAACAGCUGUGAGGACUAUCAUUAUUUUUAAAUUUUUUACAUUUCUUGGUGAUACAAAAAGCAUUCUUGGACCAUUAGCGUAAAAGUUGAAAUGUCUUGGCCGGAUAUUAGCCCUCUAGAACAUCCCACCACACUGAAGAUGACCAUAUUCUAUUCUUUGGAGCUUUGUUUUCAUGAAUUGUAAAAUAUGUAUCAUUAUGUAUAGUUCAGUAACUUGAAUGUUAGUUGAACGUAUAGAAGGAAUGCAUUUUCUGUAGACGAAUGAACCAAACGGUAACCAUUAAACAGUUGCA